UAUAUAUUCCCGCCAAGCCUGAGCUUUUAAACCCCGCUCUCAUAAGCAACGCAACUUCAUUUCUGCACAUCUUGGGAGCAUUGUAGGUACUGUAUUCUACUAUAACCCUGCAUCAUAAUGAAGACACGAAAUAGGACAAUCUGCCAGACCUGCAGGUCACGAAAGAUAGGGUGCGAUGGGCAAAAGCCAGCUUGCUCGCAAUGCAUCCAUACUGGCCGCGAAUGCUCUUAUCCUUUAGACUUCAUAUUCAUCACCGAAACAACGACACAGGGCUCAAAAGAUACUACCAAGCAAUCGAAACCCAAAACAAAUUCAUCGAAUGAUACAUCCCUCUGUCCACGGUCGCAAUCAAAUGUGCCUCUUGCGCUUGAACUACUCCCCAAAACACCGAGGAAUCCGGUGCAAGACAUGGUUCUACUUAUCAUGCAAAGUUUCAUGCCAGAAGCUGAGUUACUCACCUUUUCCCAAAAUACACAAACUCAGCCCCGCAUCUGUGGCGGUUGGGUUGAAGUUCUCCCCAUGAUAAGCAUUGGUGGGCAAGGACAGGCCCUUCCAUCCGCCAUAAGCUGCCUUGCGGCGUCUAUAUCUAGUUUGCGGCAAAAUACGUACUCAGGCUGCAGUGUUUCGCUUGAGAAAUAUGGUUCUGCUAUGCGUUUGUUGAAGCGGGAAAUUGAUCAGCCCCGCAAAGAGAUCUUGUCCCGUGACGAAGUCGCCGCGGCCAUCAUGUGCCUGACGUUGACAGAGGCGAUACUGCCAAGUUCAGGUACCAGCUGGUGGCGCCACGUGGAUGGCGUUGGUGAGUGGAUGAGGCUUUGGGGUCCGGAGUCCUUUAGCCUUGGAGCCCGUCACAAACUCUUCACUGGAUUCAGACCCCUGCUUGUUCUAAAAGAUUUCAUGUCCCGCAAAGCUUCCUUUCUAUCGACUGAAGACUGGAAGAGACUGCCAUUUGAGUCCCAACAGGCAACAGCAAUGCAGCUUCUGCUGAGUGAGGCUUCUGCUAUUCCCACAAUUCUCGAACUUAUCGACACCCUCGAGCAUAGCCCUCCCAGUGUGUCUUCGUUCAUCGCUGCACAGGCAAUCGCCUCGCUCACGACAAGUUAUGACAAUCUACAAGGCUGGGGCGAACCUUUAGAUGCAGAUCCAUCUACGUGCUUGUUCUGCUGGCGGACGCCAUCAAACAGCUCCUGGGCCUGGGGAGGCUACAACAUAUGGUUUCCCAGUGUAUCCGCCGCCAAUUUGGUCAUGCAUCUGUGGGCGUUCAAGGUAGUUUGCCUGACUGAGAUCCAAAAGCUCCAGAUCAGGUUUCCCGAUGUACCUUGUGACUGGCCAGUCCCAGCAGGAUGUGAAUUAGGGCAUUGGCUCAGGGAUACCUAUAUUGAGCUUUGUGUGAGAAUUGUUCAAAGCGCCAAUUUUCUGCUCCAGGAUCGCCUGGCACUCUUUGGGCCACUCUCAAUUCCCUUCCCCCUCACCACGGCUUGUCAGACGUUCAAGAUGGACGGGGAGCGUAGCGUGGAACUAUGGAAACUGACAAAUGAUAUACUGCAAAGGAGCCUCUUGCAGAGGCAUAGGAGCACAUAAUUUACUACCAUGGUAUCAGGUUACUUGCACUGUACCUAAGUAUACAAGUCUUGUAGCAGAAACACUUUCAGCUGUUAUAAA